CAAAACAUUCAAACCCUACCCUCACUUCCAACAUAAAACAACCUGCAAACAUGAGCACAUUCCGUGGCGCCGUAAAGAGGCUUAACUGUGAAUCGAAGAUUUCAACUAUUUUCUUCGACCUUGACAAUACAUUGAUCGCAACCAGGAAAGCCGAUGCGAAGGCAUGUAGCAAGGUGGCCGAUCUGCUGUACUGCGAGCACGGUUUCAGCCGCGAGCUAGCGAACGAAACGGCCACCAACUACCUGACCGCGUUCCGCCGCUGCCCGGACAAUCCGGACGUCGCGCUCGCCCAGUGGCGCUCCCAGCUCUGGCAGGAUGUGCUUCCUGGCACGCACAAGCAGCUCGCGGGUGAGCUGUACGGGCGCUGGAUCGACUGGCGCUACCGCUAUCUGGCCCUGUCCGGUGAGAUUCAGACGAUGCUGCAAACGCUCCGGCUCCAGUACCUGCUCGGAAUCAUCACGAACGGACCGACGGCGGCGCAGUGGGAAAAGAUCGACCGGUUGGCGCUGAACAAGUACUUCGACUGCAUACUGGUAUCCUCUGAUUUACCGUGGGCCAAGCCCGAUCGCAAUAUCUUUUAUGCAGCUUGCCACUAUCUAGGUGUCCUGCCCGGCCAGUGCGUCAUGAUCGGUGACAAGCUCGAAACCGACAUCCAGGGCGGCAUUGAGGCUAGUCUGGGUGCAACGGUCUGGUUACCGUUGCCCGUCGAGCAGCGGAUUGCAGGCGAUAGGACCAUGAACGAUGUGCCGGAGCACGUGCGACCCGAUGCCAUCCUGGAUAGUGUCCUGAAGCUGCCAGCCAUGCUGCCCCCGACGACUUCGUUUCGUGGGCGAACUCCGGCGCAGGCGGACCAGUGCGGUAGGGAGCAGAAAACGACUCGCAACCGGGCGGCACAAUACAACCGCAUUCUGCCGGAGAUUCCCGACCUUUACAGCUCGUACAGCAGCUCCAGCAAUGAUUGCAGCCAGCAUAGCAACGGCAGCACUAGCAGCAGCAGCAGCAACAGUAGCAGCUGAAUGUUUGCGUGAUUUAGCACCGAAGGAAGGGCGAUGAGAACGCCGAUCAGCUGAGGCGAAGCGCUGUAACAUUCCUGCUUGAAUCUCUCGCAGGCAGCCAACAAAUCUUAACGCACGCAGCCUCUUAUAAGCCGGUUGCGUACGUGGCCUAAUGGCCGCGUUCUUCCUUUUGGUGCAGCAACCAUAACGGAGUGUCAUAUUCGACAGGUCAAAACGACCGUUUCUCUAUCGACGGAUAUCGAUUUGUUAUUAUUGCUGUUUCUAAAAUCCCUCGAAUAUUGUUUUUCUAUGAUUUAUUCUUUCGAUAGUUUCUAGUUGUUUUAAUUUUUUUGGGCUCAGCUAGUCGAAUCUACAAAUGAAGCAGCACCCACAAAACCUGCCUUCUUUUGAUCGACUAAUAAUUAACUACACUGAACUUCACCUCUUUUGGAAAAUUUACGCACAUAUGCUCUUACAAAGAUGGCUUCAUCGGCCAUAUCUCUUCUCUCAUAGCCCCACACUUAAUCUAUGUUACUUCCGUAUGAUUAUUGCUGUGCAUAUCGAACAAUUCAUCUUCUCAGUAGCUUAUAAACCUUUAUAGUAGUUUGCAUAGGGAAGUACCUGAUCUGAAGGAAUCAAGAAAUACAUUUCAUACAGGACUACACACACACACAAACAUACGUGUACAAAAACUGACACCCCCUCCAAGAAAUGACCCUGGUACAUAGUAGGAAACAAAGAUGAAAUGAGGAAAACUGCAUAUUUUUCAAUAGAUAAUUUUCCUGUAAUCUGCUGGGCAGAACAAAUAAAGAAGGAAAACAAAUACAACAAAAGAACGAUUUGUUGCAGUAUCAAUGAGAUGAGAACUCACAGAAAAUUCAAAAUGCAUAAAAAUCAUAAAAACAUGAUGAUACACCAUUAUAGGCUGCCUGCGGCAAGGAAAUCGCGCCGUUCAAAACGAAGCACAUAUGUAACACGCUCUUUUGGAUGGUAAUAAAGAACAUUUUCUAACGUUGCU